GAGCAGCCAUCCAUCAGAAGCAACAUCAAAAAUCCUGCUCAGUAGUAUAACUCUGAACUCUAACAUGCAUUCCGUAAUCUAUAUCCUCCUGAUAGUCGGCAAUUGUCUGGCUCAUUAUAGAGAUUACGAAUCCGGUAAUUCUGUGUCAAUUGUUGUUGUGUGUACAUCACGAAUCGUCGAAUGUCCAGUUUGCGAAAAUACCCACAGGUGGUUGCUUCCACAAGAAAAAUGUGACAUUAUAAUAGGAAACAAACGGUUCAAAAAAUGUACUAUGGGUACUUACAACAAUGAGAAGUGUGGAAACCGUUUGGACUGCUUCCGGGGACCUGGAGAAACUUGCACUGAAAAAAUGGAAGAUGAUAUCUACGGACAGAAGUGUGCUCGCGGUUACUACUGCAACGGCGGCCUACACGUAUGCACUGGUCUUGGCUACACCGUAGAUCCUUUCUUCAUUCUUACAAGCCGCUAUCAUCGCUAUCCUUAUCAGAAUAAGACCUACUUAAAAGACAUACUAGAAAAAUCUGCGCUACUGUUCGCUUAAAUCAUGUAAAGAGACCACCAACCCUUGUUACUUUCUGCUGUAUUUAUACCAUCUAAUAAAAAACACGCAAAUUUUAA